AUGAGUUGGGUGUGCAACAAAUUUUCAUGGAAAAUUUGUGAAACUCUUAACAAAAAUACUGAUAAAUGUGGUGGUUGUGGAUUGGUGGUCAAGAAUGAAGAUAAAAAGGUUGUUAGUAGAAGCGCAGGCAAACAAUGGUAUUGUCCAAAAAUUUUAUUAGAAGAGUGUGGUACCGAAAAUGAUCGUUCGGAUAAGCAGUGCAGUUAUUGUUGCAG